AUGGCACAGCAAGGGAAUGUUGGUGAGCUCCUCUCAAUGCUGGAUUCUCCAGUUCUGGGUGUCCUGGAAGAUAUAACAGCUGCAUUCAAAGAUAAUCUCAUUUGUGACCGUGGGCCUAUGCUUGUGAACAACCUGGUGGACUAUUACUUGGAAACCAAUUCUCAGCAGGCACUGCAUAUUCUGUCCACACUGCAAGAGCCACAUGACAAGCAUCUACUGGACAAAAUUAAUGAAUAUAUGGGCAAAGCUGCUACCCGUUUACCCACUCUCUCCCUGCUGGGACACGUGAUAAGACGACAACCAUCUUGGAAACAUAAGCUUUCUCAAGCACCUCUCCUACUUUCAUUACUUAAAUGUCUCAAGACUGACACAGAUGUAGUAGUACUCACCACAGGUGUCCUAGUGCUAAUAACCAUGUUGCCAAUGAUUCCUCAGUCUGGCAAACAGUACCUUCAUGAUUUCUUUGGUAUCUUUGGGCGUCUCUCAGCCUGGUGCUUGCAGAAUCCAGGUCAUGUGGCAGAGAUUUAUCUUGUCCACCUUCAUGCCAGCGUUUAUGCUCUCUUUCAUCGUCUCUAUGGAAUGUAUCCUUGCAAUUUUGUCUCCUUUCUGCGUUCUCACUACAGUAUGAAGGAAAACUUGGAGACCUUUGAAGAGGUAGUCAAGCCAAUGAUGGAGCAUGUGCGAAUUCAUCCAGAAUUAGUGACUGGAUCUAAGGACCAUGAACUGGACCCACGAAGGUGGAAAAGACUAGAAACUCAUGAUGUUGUGAUAGAAUGUGCCAAAAUCUCCCUGGACCCUGCAGAAGCCUCCUAUGAAGAUGGCUAUUACUCUGUGUCUCGGAAACUCUGCACAAGCUUAAAACAUCAUCAAACUGACCCCAGUGCCAGCUAUUACUCUGACACACAGAGCAGCUAUGGGACUUCUACCCCAUAUUCCACUCCUCGGCUAACACUAUCACAAAUGUCAGGGCAGCUACCUCAGAUCCUGAGCCCACAGUCCAUACGGCUGUCAACUGAGCCACAGCAGGUUACCAUCUGGAGUCCUUCUGCAGUUUGUGGUAUGACCACUCCACCAACCUCCCCUGGAAUUGUCUCAUCAGAGUCAUCCCAGUCUGCAUCACAACCUUACAGCAAAGCUUUUGGCACAUCUGCAGGGGGGAAAGGAACACCUUUGGGAACGCCAGCCACAUCUCCUCCACCCUGCACUUCAGAUGACUUUGUGCAUGUUUCACUCCCUUCAGCUGCUGCCACGCCUCCUAAAAAGGAGGACAAACCAGAUCCUGUGAGGCCUUUACUGUACCGACAGCAAAAUGUCAUCAACAGCGAUAAAUCACUGGACACACCUGGUAAUAAAAGUUCAGUAACCUUAAGUGAUCUUCCAGAGUUUUUAGGUGGGUUGUCUUUUGAAGAUAGUGCUGAGAAGGACAGAGAGGAAGAUGCAAUAUCUAAAGAGAUCUCCGAGAUCACAACCGAUGCUGAACACAUGGUGCCUAGAGGAGGAUUUGACUCUCCGUUUUACCGCACAAAUGAAAGUCUGUCAGGCUCUCAGAAGAAGACCCAUUCAGCAGUCUCCAGUGUUCAGGGACACAGUCAGACCUCUGAGCCUUUAACAUCUUCUGUGGACAAGCCUGGGCCUGAGAGCGCGCGGGAAACACCCAGACAAACAUUUACUCCUAUAGACAAGCCCUGCGGAGGUUCUGGUGAAAGCCCUGCUAGUAACAGGGAAGGAACCUCUGGGGAGACGAGUAUUCUCACUCCCAGCCCUUGCAAAGUACCAGCACAAAGAAGAGUGGUGUUUGGGAGUGGGCAGCCUCCCCUCUACGAGCACCUUUUUGAGGUCGCGUUACCAAAGACUGCCUACCUCUUUGUUGGCAAGAAGACUGAGGAGCUGCUAAAGAAAGCCAAGGGAGCCCAGGAUGACGACUGCAUGUCCUCUACUUCUCCUGUGGAAGUUCUGGACAGACUGAUACAGCAAGGAGCAGAUGCACACACUAAGGAGCUGAACAAAUUGUCUCUGCCAAGCAAAUCUGCUGACUGGACUCACUUUGGAGGGUCUCCCCCUUCGGAUGAGAUUCACACCCUGCGUAACCAGCUGCUUCUGCUGCACAACCAGCUGCUGUACGAGCGCUUCAAAAGGCAGCAACACGCGCUGCGGAACCGCCGGCUCCUGCGGAAGGUGAUUAAAGCAACGGCCCUGGAGGAGCACAAUGCUGCCAUGAAAGAUCAGCUGAAACUUCAGGAAAAAGAAAUCCAGGCCUUGAAACUGAGUCUGCAGAAAGAACAGGCGAGGUACCACCAGUUUCAGGAGGAACAUGAAAAUAUAGUGGCUCAGCUUCACAGCCAGAUCAGACAGCUGCAACAUGACCGGGAGGAAUUCUACAACCAGAGCCAGGAAUUGCAGACCAAGCUGGAAGACUGCCGGAAUAUGAUUGCAGAUCUGAGGUUAGAAUUAAAGAAGGCUAACAACAAAGUGUGUCACACCGAGUUGCUUCUAAGCCAGGUUUCCCAAAAGCUUUCCAACAGUGAAUCAGUGCAACAGCAGAUGGAGUUCUUGAACAGGCAGCUUCUGGUUCUUGGAGAGGUCAAUGAGUUGUACCUGGAGCAGCUGCAGCACAAGCACACAGACACUACAAAGGAGGUUGAAAUGUUGCACGCUGCUUUUCGGAAAGAACUGGAGAAAGCAAAAUUGUGUGUUCAACAGCAAAGCCAAAGGCUUGAUGCUUCCCAGAAACGGAUAGCUGAACUGGAAUCUCAGCUUGCUAAAAAGGACCACCUCUUCCUGGAGCAAAAGAAAUACCUGGAAGAUGUCAAAAUCCAAGCAAGAGGUCAGCUGCAAGCAGUAGAAAGUAGAUACAAGGCCCAGAAAAGAAUCACACAGGCAUUUGAGCUGGAGAUUUUGGAUCUCUUUGGUCGACUGGAGAAGAGCAGCCUACUGAAAAAACUUGAAGAUGAUAAAACAGAAGCAGCUGAAGCAGCAGAAGAAAGGCUGGACUGUGGUAAUGAAGAUACUGUGGUGGGAAACAGUGAAGAAACAAUUGGUAGAAAUGGAGAGACCAAACCUCCCAGCACUCGAGGUAGUAGUAGCAGUAAGGGUGGCAGCAGCAGUGAGCUCUCCACUCCAGAAAAACCCCAGAACCAGAGAUUCAGCAGUCGCUGGGAGACAUCCAUGUUGCUGGAGCCCUCGACUACUGUCCCACUGACUGUAGGUUCACUCCCCAGCUCCAAGAGCUUCCUUGGAAUGAAGGCACGAGAAUUAUUUCGCAACAAGAGUGAGAGCCAGUGUGAUGAGGAGGGUGUAACCAUCAACAGGCUUUCUGAUGCUCUAAAGACUGAUCUAUGUAAAGAUCCAAGCGUGGAGACGAAGGCCCUUCCCAGCCCCGAUAACCUCAACCUCUCACCUAAGAUCCAGGAAAGCAGUGUUGGACAGCUUCAUAUCAUGGACUACAAUGAAACUCAUCAUGACCACAGUUAA